AUGAUACUGUGGCCCCGAAUUCACGCCUUCAUUCGCCAACCUCGGCCGGCCGGGAUGGGAGGCGCAGAGGACCACCAAGAAGCCCGCGCGCCGAGUGGAGGAGGCCGAGUUCCGACACCCUCGACCACAGAAGGACCGGAGCUGAUUUCAAACGGUCGUGCGCAGCAACCGCAACAAACUCACGCCGCAAAGUUCCAGCAGCUCAUGAAGCUGGUGACGGAGCUGACCAUCGAUACGGAGGAGAGGCUGAAGGGAGUUAUCGACCCUCACCACAAAGUCCAGGCCACCGGAUCAGCCCGGAGCCACUGUGAUUUCCGGAAAGCUGCUGCUGAACCGUGCCAGAAAAGAGUUUUUGAAGAAAGACAAAGGACCGCCGACGAAAUCUUUGAUGAAGAAGCAGAAAGAGCUUGA